UCAUUGGAAGGCAAAAUUAUUGUAGAAGAGGAUAUCCUUUUCAUAGCAACUUCAAAGAAAAAUCUUCUGUCACAGUUAAACUCAGGUAUUUGACAACAACUUGAAUUGUUUGUUUAUUUAUUUUAGGGAAAUAGUUGUGGUGUUGUGUGCAGAGAAUUAAAUUAUUGAUAGAAAUGUAGCCCAUUUACCAUAAAUUGCAGUACUUAACUGUUGACUUUUAUACAGUAUUAAAUACUAUUAUUCGAUGAGGUGGACAUAGUUAACAUAAAAGCAAUUAAAUAAUAACAUAUUAUAGUUAUACUGCUUUUAUUUUGUUUUCAAUGCAAAUAAAAUACAGAUAAAAUACAAAAUCAGUCUUUGUAGCAUAUGAAAAUACAACUUUUUGUCAAAGGGACACUCCCAGCCUAGGCUACUUAACAUGCAUCUUCACUUUAGUUAAUUUGAUUGUGAUUAUGCAUAUGAUAAAAAUGUGCCUAUAUUUUAUUCUCAGAAUCCUCCCAAUCUCCUGAGAUGAAGUUGAAUGUCUUCGUUUCCGCCGUGGCUCUACUUGGUGCCUUCCAACCUCGCUAUGAAUGUAGAGCUAUUGAAAACCCCGGGGCGGUCCAUCCAUCCCACAAUCUACAGGCAGAGCUGCAACAGCAACUCCCUGUUCUUCUGCGACUAGGAGAGGAGUAUUUCAUUCGGCUUGACAACUCCAAUACAAAUUCACUCCAGUCGUCCUCGCCGAACACAUCUCCUGAAGCUGCUGCGCCCUCAACAACGGUCAACAGGGCUUUACAACUUCAGCUCACGCAGCGCCUUCUGCAAGGUAAAGUCGGUGACAUCAAUCGGUUUCUGAACAGCUACGCUAACCAGAUGGGUGAUUCCAUGGAGAGAGGAAAGAGGUCCGGGUUGGGCGAAGAGCCACCGAUCUCUUUGGACCUGACAUUCCACCUGCUGAGGGAAGUUCUAGAAAUGGCUCGAGCCGAGCAAUUAGCACAGCAGGCAAAUAGUAACCGGAAAAUGAUGGACAUAUUCGGGAAA